GUCACCAUGUCUGACCAGGAGGCAAAACCUUCAACUGAGGACUUGGGGGAUAAGAAGGAAGGAGAAUAUAUUAAACUCAAAGUCAUCGGACAGGAUAGCAGUGAGAUUCACUUCAAAGUGAAAAUGGCAACACAUCUCAAGAAACUCAAAGAAUCAUACUGUCAAAGACAGGGAGUUCCCAUGAAUUCACUCAGGGUUCUCUUCGAAGGUCAGAGAAUUGCUGAUAAUCACACUCCAAAAGAACUGGGAAUGGAGGAAGAAGAUGUGAUUGAAGUUUAUCAGGAACAAACAGGGGGUCAUUCAACGGUUUAGAUAUUCUUUUUAUUUUUUUUUUCUUUUCCCUUAAUCCUUUUUUAUUUUUAAAAAUAGUUCUUUUGUAAUGUGGUGUUCAAACAAUUGAAAACUGGCACCCCAUCUCUUUAAAACAUCUGGUAAUUUGAAUUCUAGUGCCCAUUAUUCAUUAUUGUUUGUUUUCAUUGUGCUGAUUUUUGGUGAUCAAACCUCAGCCCCCUUCAUAUCACCCUCUCCUUUUUAAAAAUUACACGUGUGCACAGAGAGGCCGCCUUUUCCAGGACUGUGCAUUUGCAGGCUUGUGAUAAAUAAGAUUGACUGAUGCGAGUGUUCAUAAUGACUUUC